AUGUCCGACGGCAAUUGUCAAAGCAAUGCUGUAGAAACCCCGUGUGCGAAAAAAUUUAAAAUAGACGAUCAAAAUGGCAAUGGUGUAAAUGAAAAUCAAGUAGAACUUAAAAAUUUUGUUCCUACUAAAAUUUUAAACAACAACACGAGUAAGAAAAUAGUUAGUGUAUUAGGAAAUUUCGAAGAAAAAAGUGGUGUAGGCAUUGUGAUUUUAGAAAAAAAAGCUUUCAAAGAGCAAGAUUUAAGUAGCGAAGGCUAUUUUUCUUGUGAUACAAAGGUACACCCUUUCUUCCAGAACGACAUUUACGGAAACUUUGAAUGUUACCCGAUAUCAUCAGUGAAUGGUGUAAAAACAACAACUAUCUUCCCUGCUACAGAGAAGCAUAUAUCCAAGUACACUAAACAAGAAGUACAUUUAAUUUUAGAAACACCAACAUGCUAUAAUACUUUGACCCUUCCACAUUUACAAAAGGAGCAGUUUACUUUACAGUGGGUGUACAAUAUCUUAGAAGGAAAAAGUGAACAAGACAGAAUUGUGUAUAAUAAUACAUGUGAAACCAAUGGUUUUGUACUAGUUCCUGACUUAAAGUGGGACGGACUGACUAAAGAGACCUUGUACCUGUUGGCAAUUGUAAGACAAAGGGACAUAAAAUCAAUCAGAGAAUUGGAUGAGAGGCAUUUACCACUGUUGAAAAAUAUCAGAGACGAAGGAAAGAAAGCGAUAUUAGACAAGUACAACCUUCCAAGCAGCCAAUUACGGAUUUAUCUUCAUUACCAGCCAUCAUUCUACCAUUUACAUAUACAUUUUACAUAUAUUCAACACGAAGCACCUGGUAUUUAUGCAGAAAAAUCUCAUUUACUUGAUACAGUCAUCAAUAACAUUGAAAUUAUGAAUGAUUAUUAUAAGAAAGUCACUUUACCAUUCACAAUUCGUGAAAUGGAUACAUUAUUUAACAUUUAUGAAACAAAUGGUUAUGUCAAGAAGAUAAAGGCGGAUGUAAUUGACAAGUAA